GUCGUUCGUCGUCGUCUCUCUCCAAAAAUCCCUGUUUGCUCCGCUCAACCCCUAAACCGAACCAGUCACACUCCCACCUCCUCUCUCUCUCUCUCUCUCUCUCUCUCCAAUUUCCACAGGCCUCCCUCGAUUACCUAUUAAUUACGAUCCUAUCCUCCCCUAGCUUAUCCUCGCAACCGCGAAAAUCUCACCUCCUGUUCCCCUCCGGCGCAUUGCUCUGGGCUACGCGGCGGAGCCGAAUCCAUCUGUACAUAGAACCUUCCGGAAGCCAUUCCCCCACGCCUGAGAGGUUCCCUCACUGAAAUAUCUAUAGACAAACAAGUGCAUUUUGUUGCUGGUACUGGGAGUUCAGAAAUUUUGUUAACGUAAAACAUCACUCUAGUGAUAUCAAGGGAUCAAAUGGAAUUAAAAGUUUCAUCCCCAAAGCCAGGUAGCCUUUCUGACUCUGAUUUUGUUAGUGAUCCUGAGGAAAAGGAAGUCAGUGAUGACGAUGAUGUUGAUCGAAAUCACAAACAUCGUAGACCAGAUACUACUUCGCGGUCUAUGGAGAGAGAUACCUAUGAUCAAGUUAUAGCAAGGCCAUACAGAAAUAGGAACAAACCUUUUGCAAAUGGGCACUCUUUCAGAGAUAAUGACUCUCAAGCGAGUACACCAUCAAAAAAUUAUAAUUCCACUUCUUGUGAGAACUUUCCUGGAAAGUUUGAUAAAAGACACCCAGGCUCAGCAUCACAUCCUCGUGCACCUUUUGAUUUAAAUCAAAGGAUGCGAGCAAACCAAACAUUCCCUGGAGACCUAGGUCCUGGUAGGGGAAGAGGAAGAGGACGGGACUCUGCAUCAUGGAGCCAACGUGAUUCUAGGUUCAGCUCUGAUAUUACAGCUCAAUUGGGAUCCUUCCCUCCAAGUAUGUUUGGUGGACGGGGAAUGGCAAAUGUUUCCAAUCCACAGAGUGCAUCCUGGAAUGCAUUUGGAUUGCUUCCAGGAAUACCAAAUGGUGGCCUGGAUACACUGCAUUCAAUCGGGUUGCAAGGUACACUCAGACCACCAAUCCAUUCUUCAUUAAAGUUGGGCAUUCCUCGCCAAAGAUGUAGAGACUUUGAGGAGCGUGGGUUUUGCUUAAGAGGGGACAUGUGUCCAAUGGAACAUGGUGUCAACCGAAUCGUUGUUGAAGACGUGCAGAGUCUUUCUCAGUUCAAUCUUCCUGUUUCACUUCCAAGUGCACACCUACUAGGAAAACCCACUGGUCCUGGACCUUUUUCAUCAGUCAGUGCAUCUUCAACUACAUCAAUGAAUAACAAAGGAUUGCAUAGCAAAACGAACAAGUCUAGUGUCACUGAUGAUGCUUCUUUGGGGGGAGCUGAUUUGUAUGACCCUGAUCAACCCCUGUGGAAUAAUAAUGGUCCUGAAACUUCUGAUGCAAUCAUAGGCCUGCAGUCACCUAGAAAUGAUGAAACUGAUACCUUAUCUAAUGAUGAUCCUUCUGACCGUCAUCAAGCCAGAUUGUACGAUAAUGCAGACAAUGAGUACCCGAUUAGAACUGUUGGAACUGCUGCUGGUUCACAGAGCACAAGUGUAUCAGUCUGGGGUAGAAUUGGUAGCUCAAAGAGUAGAUCAGAUGUGAAAGAGAAAAUUGAUCCUAUGACAAACUAUUUGGAUAAUCCUGAGAAUGAAACUAAGGAGUCACUAGCCAACAUUCAAAAUCAGUCUCGUCAAGGGAAGCGCAUUAUUGCAGAAGAUGCGGCAUCCAAACCCGUAGAUUCUUUAGCCAAGAGACCAUAUGAUGCUAUGCGUACUGUUCGGAAACCAUCUCAAAAAGCCUUACGUACUCUUUUUGUCAACGGUAUUCCCCAGAAAAGCAACAGAAGGGAGGCUCUUGUUUCUCAUUUUCAAAGAUUUGGAGAGAUUUUGGACAUUUAUAUUCCAUCAAAUAGCGAGCGAGCUUUUGUCCAGUUUUCCAAGAGAGAAGAGGCUGAGGCUGCUUUGAAGGCCCCUGAUGCUGUAAUGGGUAAUCGUUUUAUCAAGUUAUGGUGGGCAAAUCGUGAUAGCAUUCCAGAGGAUGGCCAAGGAAAUGGUAGUAUUGCGUCAGAAAGUUCUCCCGGUUUGACAGCUGCUUCAGUUCCACUCUAUUCAUCUGUUUCUGGUACAAGCAAGGAUAAUCAACAUUCUGCUUCCUCAAAGGGUGGUACUGUUCUUGCAUAUGAUGCUUCUCUACCAUCCUAUGAUAACUCAAAGCAUGUAAUUUUAAAUGGUCCCAAGGCUCCACCUCUGCAGAAAAAGCUAGAAAAUUUGGAGCAAUUAAAGGAGGAACUUCGCAAGAAGCAGGAAAUGCUGGACCAGAAACGGAAUGACUUUCGCCGCCAGUUGGACAAGCUUGGGAAACUAGGCGGACCAAAGGGUGAAGCUGACACAGAGCUAGCCGCUAAGAGACGCAAAGUGGGAUUAGUAGCUGAGGUCGGUAAAGUUGAUACUCCGAAUUCCUCCAAUCUUAAUCCUGCGUCAGCACUGCAUGAUGAAUUAUUGACUGAUAAGAACAAAUCCGGGGAUACCGUUCUCUACCACAGUCCUAAAACAAGUACAACUACAGUUCUUCAACAAUCUCCUAGCUUGAAGCAUCAGACAAUUCGUCCAUUAGCAUCACUAGGGACUCCUGUUCCUCUAAAUAGAUACAAAUUAGACAAUCGUCCUACUGGGUUUAGAAUUCUUCCUCCUUUACCAUCUGGAUUUGCAAAUGUUGCUGUUAUUAAGGAACACUUUGCACCAUACGGUGAUAUUUCUAAUGUGGAGUUAGAAGAUCUGGAGUCCCAUGAUUGUGGUAGUGCAUUGGAUGUAUCAGAGAAAUGCUCAGCGCGUAUAACUUUCGCAACACGUCGUUCAGCAGAGAAAGCAUUUCUCAAUGGUAAAUGCUGGGAAGGGUGUGACUUGAAAUUUGUGUGGUUGACAUCUAGUAACUCCAGCAAUGGUGGGGAAAAAUCUCCAUCCACCACCGGGCCAUUAUCAGCUGAUGUUCAGUCUGCACAUAAAGUGGCAAGCACUACAUCCCAGGAUGCAUCUGCAUCAGGCGAUGCAGAGUCUGAACAUUCUGAAAGAAAAGAUUGUGUUGAGCACAUGGAAGUGGGUGAACCUUCAGAGCCUAGUUCAAGCCCAACAUCCGGGGUGAAAGAGUCAUCUAAAAUCGAUUCAACGUAAAGAUGGGCUAAUUUUCAGCUUUUGUACAGUCAGAUUGCUUACGAAAUUUUCAGGUCACAGCCACAAACAACAAUGUCUACUGUGAGGCCAAAGGGUUUCAGGUUCCACUCAAAAGGAUCACGAGUUGGCAGUGAGUUGGUGUGCUGUAUUCUCCAUAGCAGGGUGAAUGGAGUUAAAAGAGUCAGUAAUCCCAGUGCCAUCUUACAGGAUGCCUGAGGUUGAAGAAUCCUUGUAUUUCUUUGCGGUAACUUUUAGUUAAACCGCCAUGGCAAGUGAAAGGUCUAAACCAAUUCUGGCAAUUCAUGAUGAGGAUGGAAACCUGAUUGGGACAGAGAAUAUUCCGGUAUGAGAGUGAUCAUUCUUAGCACCAUGCUGCUUGGCAAAUGGAGGAGUGCAGUAGCAAUUUCUCUCAUUGGGCGUUUUGCGAUCUCAAAAAGAACA